GAGGGGUUGGGCUCGAGCUCGCUCGGAGGAGGGCGAGCGAGCGAGCGGCGGUUAUUUUCUCGGCGGCGGCGGGGGAGGGGGAUGAUGAUGGCGUCCGUCGUGCUGGCGGGCCGCGAGUCGGUCGCGAACGGGCUGGAGCAGAAGAAAUUCGAGUACUUCUCGUCCAUCAGCCCCAUGGCGAGGAAGAUCAUGCUGGAGAGGCAGAAAAUCAAGGAGCGGUACGGGCCACAGUGGGAGAGGCUGGAGCCCAAAGAGCAGGAGGAGAUCAUCGACAACUGGCUGGUGGACCCGCAGAUCCGCACCAGAUACGCCCUCCACCGGAUCCAGCGCGAGGACACCGUCUGCUUCCCGACGCUGCAGCUCCAGACAGGCCAGAAGGUCGUGCAUUUCGGGGAUGAGGAUAUUACAUGGCAGGAUGAACAUUCGGCUCCAUUCUCGUGGGAAACAAAGAGUCAGAUGGAAUUUAGCCUCAUGUCUGCUACUACUUCAGAACAAGGAAUUUUUCCUCCUCAGAAUGAACACCGGCAGCCAGGAAAAAUAUCCCAAGGAGGCCAUCCCCUCAAAACAUCUCAGGGAAAUCACUCAGUAAAAACAUCCCAGGGAAUCCAACCAGUCAAAAUAUCACAAAAUGGCAAAGCACCAAGUGUAGACACCCUUGUGCCAGUCAAAAAAGAAGAGGAGUCGUCUUUCUGGAAAUUGAGUACAGAGAGAUCCAGGCUGGAGGGUGAUCAAUCUGAAUUCCAGUCCUUGACUCCGAGUCAAAUCAAAUCAAUGGAGAAAGGAGAAAAAUCUAUUCCCUCUUACUUAAGACAAGAUUCUGCAUCAAAGGACAAGGAUGAAAAUAAAUGUGAAAAACCUAAGACUAAGAAGCAGGAGAGAAUAAUCAACACCAGCGUCUCAUCUGUGUUCAUUGACUGGGAGAGAUCUCGACCCCACCAGUCUUCUGUUAGCGUACCUGAUGAGAUUUUCAUUCCUGACCAGUCUGAGAAAUCUCCAGAGAAACAAACUUAUGCAAAAGAAUCUGAAGAUGAGAGGGAUGACUCAUGUGCAUCUGACACACCAUUUUUCUCCCAGAUUAAUACAAGCAACAACAUCUUAAAGACAGGCUUUGAUUUUUUGGACAAUUGGUAAUACCUUCAGCUUCCAUCACAAUUGCUUUCAAACCAAAAGAAAAUUGCAAAUGCCCUUUUGGCCUAUGAGACUAUCUAACACUUCUGUUACCAGUUCUGAUGGUGAAAAUACUGGUCAGUUGCAAGCCCUGUAGUUUUUCAACCAAACAAAGAAAAAGUUUACAAUUUGUGGACCUUCAUUGCACUUUGCCAUGUUACAAAACGCUUUGAUGGGUUACGUAUGUCUUUUCCAUUUUUUUUUCUUCAAAAGAAUUAUAACUCGGUGUGUGUAUAUAU